AUGUAUGCUAUUGUUCCUGAAGUUUGCAGCCUCAUUAGAAAAGUAUUGGGUCCAAAGUAUUUGAAAAGGCCUUCAACUGCAGAUUUCAGAAGAAUAGCUGAAGAAUUUGACGAAUUACAUUUCCCUCAUUGCAUUGGUGCAAUUGACGGCAGGCAUUGUCCUAUACGCAGUCCUAAGCACAGUGGCAGUGCAUUCUUUAAUUACAAAAAAUUUAACAGCAUUGUGUUGAUGAUGGCUAUUUGUGACAGACAUGAAAGAUUCACAAUGAUCAAUUUAAGAGGCUAUGGCUCUACAAAUGAUGCUUUUACAUUAAAUAAUAGUGACAUAAGUGAGAUGUUGGAGAACGAUCCAAGAGCUUUACCGGCACCAGAGAUGCUACCUAACUCCAACACUGUUGCUCCAUUUUAUUUAUUGGGAGAUGGUGGUUUUCCACUCAAAAGCUACCUGAUGAAACCAUAUAUGAAAGUACGCCACAUGACACCAGAGAUGCAAGUAUUCAACUACCGCCUCAGUCAUGCAAGACAAACCAUUGAGUGCGCCUUUGGUAGAUUAAGAAAUCAAUGGGCAGUUAAUCACACUGAGCUGGCAUGGAAACUAGAGACAUGUGAAGAAAUCAUACAUUCGACAAUUUGUUUACAUAAUUACAAAAUCACAAUGGAAUUGAGAGAAACAAGAGGAUUCAGAAAUCAUUGGAUAGAUGCUCCAUUUGGAUUUGUGGAGCAAGUAGACAACGUUCAAGUAAAUUUUCAUUUUCAUGCUCAUCAAUUAAGACACACUUUGUCUGAAUAUAUGGUUUCGCGACAUGGAUCAGUUCCAUGGCAGUGGCAGCACAUUUAA